CUCGGUUUCCUUCUUUCCUUAAACCAUAUUCAGACUACUGUAUCAAGCUCCGACACGACACGAUCUCGCUUCGAAGCUGGAAAAAGUGGUCCUAUCUUCUGUCCUGGAUGUCUCCUAGGGUGAAGCCUGUGGUUUGUACAAAUGCAGGAGAGGCUUUUAGCGCUAUCAGGACAGUUAAGAUUGUGCUCAAUCUUUCCACUGAAUCAAUCAGUCGGCUCAACAGACCCAACGGCUCCCAACGUGCUAUAGGGUUUGAAGGGGUCAACAGUCUCCGGAAAUCAAGUAAGAAGUAGAAAGAAUCUGACCUGUUCGAAGAUGUUGAAAGAGGUUGAAAGAUGCCUGAUCUGAGAUCGUGUUGUCGAGGUUCUUUGACAGACAUAAAUACUCAAGUACUCAGGCCUCUCCAUCUCGCUUUCUUCCAUCGCCCAUCAUGAUUAUCGAACUUCGCAACUCCCUGAAAUCUCUUCUUGACCUGCCUGCUGAGGGCCCACGUGCAAGUCUUACAGCGUCUCUCGUCUUCGACGAAAUCACUCGUAGGAGCGCAAAAGACGUCAACAAAGCACAUAAAAUGGUGUCGCACUUGAAGUCGGAUGUGAAACCGCAGGAUAUCGAGAUCAAUAAGUUGUGGGGAGAUCAGAACAACAAGGAUGUGGUUGCAGCUUUUAUGAACAACAAACUCUGCGUCGAGGCGGCUAAGGGUGGCAAACAGGCUCUUGACGCCUAUAAGCGUUAUGCCGUACAAGACUACUUCUACCUCUUGGACUCGGUCAAAUUCAAGGCCCUUCGUUUGGCAACGCUACCUUACGAUGACUUUGAUGUUGAGAAAUUACAAGACGAAGCUAAUUCAGUUGCAAGAUAUCCUGGAUAUGCCGAGGACUGGUUUAAAACCUGUGUGGGUGAACUUGGACUCUCGAUGGACGACUUCAGAGUGGAGCGGUCUAUUGCAGAAAUUGCAUACUCGCAAUACCUCAUGCACAACGCCCAGGGUGAUGAUUGGUGUAACCUCCAUGUCAUUCUGAUUGCCUGUUAUUGGGGAUGGUGUAAGCUUGCAUUGGAGCUUUACAAGAAAGAUAGUACGGAUAAGACAACCAUUUUCUACAAGAACUGGAUUUUGCCAAGCGUGGAUAUCACCAAUGGGGAACCAGAAAUUGCCCAAUCUGCCAAGACGCUAUCGAAGUUCCUCGACAUGAAUGCUGGGAUGAUGACCUCUGGAGUCUCAAGAAUUCAGGGUAAAGAUCUGUUUCGCACUGCUCUUCGCCUCGAAACAUCGCUUUUCAAUUCAGGUUAUGAGGAUGUGAUUCGCAAGCCAGCGACGGGUGGCAAUGUCAUGUAG